GCGUGACAUCACUACGCAAGAGAACUACAAUUCCCAUGAUGCAACGACAGCGUAUCAUUAUAGGACCCGGAAGAAAUGCGUAGUUGGUGGUGUGGUUUGGAGGUGUCGUGCGAAAUUUUGCAACAGAUAUUCACUCUGAAAGACAGCUAUAGAUGAGAUUAUGGCAUUUUCCCCUAAAGUGAAGAGAACUACUAAACAUGGAGAUGGUGCACAAAAUCUCCUCAGAUCCCAGAAGGACGCCUAUGCCAGACUUCUGAAUCAGCAUCAGAAUGGCAAGUUUCGAUCUUACUUGCAAGAGUUAGCGACGCAGCAAGUGGAGGAGAGCAUGAGUACAUCAGUUAGCAGGUCUGUGAAUGUUGUGAGCAGGAGAAAAAAGGGCAAUUCAGAGUCAUCUUACUCUGUUGAUAGCUUAUCCUCUCAACAGAGUAGGCAGAUGGCAGAUGCCUCCAUCUGUUCGUACACGGACAAAACCAGCUAUCAGGUGACAUGCACAGAAGACCAGGGCAUAAAGCCUGGCAUGCUGGAAAAGCAUGCCAGAAUGGAGCUACAUAAGGCUGCUGCACCCAAAAAGGUACCCUCAAAACCGCAACACAAGAGAAAUGAAAAAGACAUCAAAAUAAGCUCAAAUCUGGUGGGAUCUGAGGAAGGUGACAGUCAACAGUUGAGCUGUUCUUGCGGGGAGGAACAAGCAAAGGACAAAUCAAAGAAGAAGAGAUUAAAAGGAAAUUUAGCGAAAAAAGACGAGGGGGAAUGUGGUCCUGAAGUUGAUGUCAUUACUGGGAAAUCACCAAAUAAAAACAUCAAAGCUCCUCAAACUCAAGCAUCAAAAGAAAGCUUACUACAAAACAAUAAAGAUAAAGGCACUAAAAGUGGUAGAGGGUCCCGGAAGCAACUGUUUGAGGAGUACAUGCGCACAGAGGAUGUUUCUGCAGGCCUGGAGAGAGGAGAACUCAUAAAGGGAGUCCUGAGAAUAAACCCUAAGAAGUACAAGGAAGCUUUUGUCCCGUCUCCUGAUGGGUCAGCUGAUAUCUUUCUGGAUGGGAUUGCAGCUCGUAACAGGGCUCUCAAUGGAGAUGUUGUUGUGGUGAAAGUCCUCCCCCCUGAACAGUGGAAGGAAGUCAGUGGAGAUAUAAACGAGAGAACUUUAGCCAAUCAGAUGGUGCCAAAGGCUCCUGAUGUCAUAGUGGAGGCCCGUUACAAUGAAGAUGACGAGGUGAUCGGUAAAAUGAAGAAUGUCUGUCUCCAUGAUAAAGCCCCUGUCACAACACAAUCUGUCAAACAUGGAAGUGCAUUCAACAUUUCUGGAUCAAGUUCAGAGAGGGCCAUGCAAAGGACUGGAAAGGUUGUAAUCAUUUUUGAGCAAAAGCACUCCAGGGCAGCAUCAGGCUUCCUUAAAUUUCUCCCUAACAAGAAUUUUGCAAUGUUCUCUCCUGUGGACCAUCGGAUUCCAAGAGUUAAUGUGCCUCUAGUAGACUGUCCUGCAGACUUUGUCUCCAGACCUGGAGACUAUGAAAACGUACUCUUUAUCUGCCGAAUAACACACUGGCCAGCAGACAACAACUUUGCUGAAGGGCGGCUUGCAAAAACGUUAGGGCAAGCAGGUGAAAUAGAGCCAGAAACAGAAGGCAUCAUGACUGAAUAUGAUGUUGACUUCUCAGAGUUUUUAGAGGAGGUCUUGAAUUGUCUUCCCCAAGAUCUGCCCUGGAGCAUCCCUGCUCAUGAGCUCUCUAGAAGAAGAGAUCUCAGAAAAGAAUGUGUAUUUACCAUCGACCCAGCUACUGCCAGAGAUCUAGAUGAUGCACUAUCCUGCAAACAGCUCUCAGAUGGCAAUUUUGAAGUUGGUGUUCAUAUAGCUGAUGUGAGUUACUUUGUGGAGGAGGGUAGUGUCUUGGAUCAAAUCGCUGGUAAAAGAGCCACAAGUGUUUAUCUGGUUCAGAAGGUAAUUCCCAUGUUGCCUCGACUUCUGUGUGAGGAGCUGUGCAGCUUGAAUCCUCUGACUGAUCGACUGACAUUCUCUGUUAUUUGGAAGCUUUCUCCAGAGGGAAAGAUCCUGAGUGAAUGGUUUGGCCGAACUGUUAUCUGUUCCUGCAUUAAGAUGAGUUAUGAUCAUGCUCAGAGUAUGAUUGAAGCUCCUGACAAGCACUUCAGUGCUGAAGAGCUGCCACCCUGCUCCACGAACCACAGAAUUCAUGAGAUAAAAGAAGCCAUUCUCAACUUGCACAACAUUGCCAAACAACUCCGAGCCCAGCGCUUUGAGAGCGGAGCUUUACAGCUUAACCAGCUGAAGCUAUCUUUUAGCCUUGAUAAGGAGUCCAGCAUGCCUCAGGGCUGUUACGUCUAUCAAUAUCAGGACAGUAACAAACUGGUGGAGGAGUUCAUGUUGCUGGCAAAUAUGGCGGCUGCCCAUCAGAUCUACCGCACAUACCCAGAACUGGCCAUUCUGCGUAGACACCCGCCACCCCAGAGCAAGAUGGUAGAUGACCUGCAGGAGUUCUGUGACCAGAUGGGCCUUGACAUUGACUUGAACUCAUCCAGAGGACUCCAUAGGAGUCUGAAUGAAAAUCUUGGUAAUGAUGAGUAUGCUGCUGCCAGGAGGGAAGUUCUUACUCAUAUGUGCUCUAGGGCAAUGCAGAUGGCGUCGUAUUUCUGUACUGGAGCUCUGAAAGAUGAGAAUUCCUUCCAUCAUUAUGCUCUGAAUGUUCCUCUCUACACACACUUCACUUCACCUAUACGGCGCUAUGUUGAUGUCAUAGUGCACCGUCUACUGGCCGCCUCCCUUAACUGUGGACCACCAUUGAGUCUCUCAUUAGAGGAAGUACACAAACUGGCAUCCCACUGCAACGACAGGAAGACUGCUUCAAAGAGAGUCCAGGAGUUGAGCUCUGAACUUUUCUUUGCUGUCUUUGUUAAGGAGUGUGGUCCUUUGGAUUCAGAAGCUAUGGUCAUGGGAGUUCUAGACCAGUCCUUUGAUGUGCUUGUGCUUCGCUACGGAGUGCAGAAACGAAUCUACUGUAAUUCAUUAGAAGGUCUAAAGGCAGUCCACUUCCGUAAAGUGGGAAAGAGACCAGAGAUGACGCUUGUUUGGGAACAAGCUGACCCGAGCAAAGAGUCCACACAGCAGGAGAUUUCCAUCUUCACCCUGUUGAAUGUUCAGCUCAAGGCAGAUGGAGCUCCUAUGAAAUACAGUGCUGUGCUCAAGAGACCCUCAGCACUCAUAUGAAUUCAAUUAUUAUUUUUCUUUAUUAUUAUUUUUAUUAUCAUUAUUAUUAUUGCUUGCAGAGUUCUUCUUAACCAAACAGAGGUAUCAAUAGUAAGUAAGGUUGUUCAUUUGCACCAAUAUAAUAUGAACUUAGUUUUGUAUAAUUUUAUUUUUGAUUUUGUCCUGAAAUCUUUCAGUUGCAGAUUUCUUUUAAGUUAGGAAUAUUCAGUGUUCGAGUUCAAGUGUGUGUGUGUGUGUAUAUAUAUAUAUACACACACACAAAAACUUCCUUCAGUUCUUCUUUAAUUAUAUACACACGUGUGUGUGUGUGUGUGUGUGUGUGUGUGUGUGUGUGUGUGUGUGUGUGUGUGUGUGUGUGUGUGUGUGUGUGUGUGUGUGUGUGUUGUAGAAUUAAAGAAAAAAUAAAGGAAGUUUUUGUUUAGUGAUUGUGCCAAAUAAGUUUUUUUAUCUUUAAUUUUAAAGAAACUGAAGUUCCAUGCCAUUCAGAGAAUAGUUUACAAAGUUAAUUUUAGUUUUUACAUUUUAUGCUGUAUUUCAAACUCUUACCUUCAUGUGCUUUGGGAUAUCUGGGUAUUGUGUUCUGUCUUGUACCUACUAGUAUAUCCAGUCUUUGUAUGGGACAAAAUCGGCCAGAUAAAUGACGUUUUGUCAACUUCAGAAGUUGCAGAUAUGUGAAUGAUUAUUUUGUUUUCUCAAUGGGAAGAAUUGGGCCCUUAAAGUUACAAUUUUAAUGAGUGGUUUUUGGACUAUAUAUUAGCUUGGCUGAGGGAUUGCUUGGUUUUGUUGCAAAUAUUGGAUCUGUUAUGUUUUUAAAUAGGAUAUUUGGAUAAAUAUUUUGUUAACUAUUGAUAGAUCUUUUUAAUUGUUGUUUUCAGUAAUUGUAAAGCAUCUUUAUUUUUGGGACUGCUUCUUACGAAGAAAACAUCUGGCAGACAGUUUUAGUUAACAAUCACUUCAAUGGUGGCUUGUAAUGUAUGUAAAGGUGUUGCCCCAAAUACCACAUACAUUUGAAUACUGUUUUACUGAACUUCUGUUUAAUGUCUUUAAGAAAUGUUUUGUUAAUUUUGUUGUGUAAUUCAUUAAAUUCAUCUAAUAUAA